CCUCCCCCCCGCUCAGCCCAGAGGUCCCUCCGCCCAGUCUUUAUUAAAAUCAGGGUUCUCCACAGCAUGUGGAUUUGUUCUUUUGGAAAACUUUAAACUGGAUUAAAUGUGUUGACCGCAAAGCGAAACAAAAUGGGGAAAGUGAACGUUUGUUUGAAACGGAGUUACAUUAUCGUCACAAGUUUGAUCGCGAUCAUCAGUGCCCUGCUGUUGGCACUCACUCUGUUUGGCCAUGGAUACCACUAUGAACAUGAUGAGAUAGAGAAUAUGCUUGUAGGCAUACGUGUCAUGUAUUUCUUUUCCAUCUUUCCUCUGUUCUUGGCCAUCAUGGGUGUGUAUGGUGCCUGUGCAGAGAAGCAGUGGGCGCUAAUAGUGUUUGCAGUUGGGAUGAUCCUGAGCAGUCUGUUCGUGUUUGCGUCUUCAAUUCGAGCACUGACUUUUCUACCAUUGAUGACUAAAGAGAUGAAGACGCAGUACCUGGAAUUGCUGCCACUGGCUAAUGCUAGUGAGAGUACUUUAGACAACCUCAAGGAGACAGAGACAGAAUGGCAUUGUUGCGGAGUUUUUCAGGGCUAUCUAGAUUGGGGCUACAACAUCUCAGAGUCCUGCCUGUGCGCUGAAGAGCCCAUUAACCCAUGUGUGGAAGCUCCUAGUAACAGCAGUCUGUUUGAGCACAGGGUUGAUGACACGCCCAUCAUGAUUUAUAAAGAGCCAUGCGCUCCACUCAUAAUUCAUAUGGUAGGGAUUACAGGAAAUAUUACACUGGUUGUAGCGCUGGGAUUCUCAUUACUCUGGGCAUUGUCAGCAGCGUUGUGUAUUGCCAUCUUGUGUCAGCUGAAUCGGAAGGAAGAUGUCCCUGCAGUGGUCUACAGUGCGGAGGCAAAAGCAGGCAACUACAGCGCUCUCGCAGAUUCUGCAGAGUACACCUGAUUUCUUUGUUUUUAUUUUUAUCUGCUCUUCACAAUAAUGAAGGUCAUCAUAUCAGCAUAUUUAGCAAAGCGGAGAAAAAAAAAACAUGGGAUUGGUACACGGAUACAUAGUGGAAUUUAUUAUGAUGCUUAAAUGUAUCAUGCAUUGCAUGAAAGUUGCAUGGGUUUUUAUUUCUUUCCCAAGUGUUUGGGAUCAAAAAAACCUUCAUCCAGGAAGAAACAUUGUUUUUCUUACAAAGGGAAAAUUGUGGGCUUUGCAGCACUGUGAAAUUGUAUUCCACUUUCUUUGUUAUAAUCAAAAAUUAUGAAAUCUAAGAUACAUAAGUGGCACAUUUACAGAAUAAUGAAUGAAUAAUAUGUAAUUAAUCAAUUACAAGCUUCACCUACAUUUCCUUCCACUGUCUUCAUUGGGCAUUAGAUAUUUCAAAUAAGAAUUGAAGUGAUAAAAUUAAUACAUUUGCACUCAAUUUCAUCCUAGAUUGGAAUUGUACUUUAGCUCAUUUGAUUUAUGAUGUAAGUCAAGGAAGAAAAUGUUGUUUUUUUUUAAAUCCCUGAUAGAUAUGACGUCUUGAUUUUUUUUUUUUUUUACUUUAGCAUGUAUUAGAGCUUUAAUAAUUGUACUUUAUGGUUUAGUAGCUUUCUGAAAUGCUCUGUAUCAUAUUCUGCCAAACUUUAUGUAAACUUUGUUUCUCUACUUGUCAUUUUAUAGUCAAUGCAUAUUUACAGGAUUUCAUUGGUAUUGCAUGACAAUAGUGUUUCCAGGAUCAGGCGUUUGUUUGUCUUGAUCAAGACAAGAAUACAGAUAAUCUAGAUGCCAAAGAAGUAAAUCCAAAUGUCUAACCUGUUCUUUAGUAUUGCUGAGUCCUGGCCUCCCUCAUCUCCUGCAUAAAAGGUUCAGGGGCUUAUCCUCGUCCCUCCACCUCCCAAUCAGGUGUCAACUGUGUAACCUUACAGGUAGUACAAGUACCACAUGAUUGUACUUAAGUACAGCUGAGUAAAUGUAUGUUUCUAAGAAACAAUUUCAAAUAAAAACUAAGACAUCAAA